AUGAAGAUGGCUGACGUCACGACGGCGCGAACAGCAGACCAGGAUGCAGACGCGCAACAGGCAAGAGAGCGGCGGAAGCAGUACCUUUCAGAACUGGAGGGGCGGGUCUCUCAGCUGGACCAGCGGAACGCUGAGCUAAAAGAAACACUUAGCACCUUGCAGCGGGAGAAUUUCAUGCUGAGACAGGUGGCUCGGAACACGGCUCAAGCAGCAGACGCCCCACCAAGCCAUUGA